AUGGCAGACCCUCAACCUCAAAAUUUCUUCAAGUUUGUCCCUCCAGGCUUCUUAUUCAAUCUUGGAAACAUGGUGUUUGACUUUAUGGUGUUUGACCAGUCUACUUGUCAAAAACAUUACCCAAAUCUAUUUGACGAAAUAGAAGGAGAUGAACCUCUGACAGAAUCUGAUACGAUCAAUACACAUAGACCGAAGAAGCUUAAAAAGCGCAAGAGGAACGAUUAUGCAUCUGAAGAUGAAAAUAACUUUGAAGUUGGUGACAAUGGUUGUUUCAUGUUCAAAAUGACUCCUUAUGUUUUCAGUAACUCAAGAUUGUGUGUUCCAAUAAAAUUUGCAAGAUCAAAUGGACUGACUACCCAGGGGCCGAUACGCACAUGUACACAAGUUUAUCUAAUGGAUCAUACACGAAUGACAUGGCCAGCAACACUCACGAAAACGAAAAAGCAAAUCUACUUAACUGGUUGGCGCGAAUUCAUAGCAAAAAAUCACUUGAAAGUCGGAGACGUGUGUAGAUUUGAGCUUGUUAAACACGGAGAAUAUCUUCCUGUUGACUUUUCGAUAUCAAAUGGUUUAAAAGCGGGAGAAAUGAUUCUUAGAGACAAUAAAGGUCGAUCAUGGAAAGUUCACAUGAACAAAGCUAAUGAGAAACGUUUAUAUCUUGGAUAUGGACUUAAAGAUUUUCUAGUUUCCAAUGGAAUGAAGGAAGGUGAUGCAUUCAAGUUUGAGCUCCUCGAGAAAAAGGAGGACAAGCCUCCCAUCGUCAGCUUUAUGUUUCUAAAAAGCAACCCGAUUAAAUCCCACAAACAAGCAAAAUUUACUCAAAAGGAAGGUUCCAGUAUGUGUGAAGAAGAUGGUCGCCCAUACUUUGUCGGUGAAUUGAAGCCCGGCAGCAUAAAACAAUCGAUUCUGUAUCUGCCAAAGAAGUUUGCAAAGUCGAAUGGAUUAAUGAAUCACAAUAAGAUGACUCUCAGAAAUGUUGAAGAUGAAAGGUCGUGGACUGUGGAGUUUAAGAACCAUAAGAAUACAUACUAUUAUAUAGGGCGAGGUUGGAAAGAUUUUAGGGUUGCAAAUGGACUGAAGGAAGGAGAUCGUUUCAAAUUCGAGCUUGUCAACAAGGGGGAAAACCCCAUUACACUAAAUUUGUGA